AUGGAGAAAAUCCAGGAGCUAGCCUACCAACACCUUCAACAAGCAAAACUUUACUCCAAGCAAUUGUACGAUAGGAACACAAGACCGCUAGAAUUGAAAAUCGGACAGUUCGCUUACGUACAAAAGGAAUCGAAAUUGGGCAAGCUAGUUCAGGAAUACACCGGCCCCUACGAAAUAGUGGAUAUCACUGAGAAGGGCAACGGGAUGGAAGGAAGAACUCCCGUAUACGUAGACGGAUCCUGCUCAUUCAAUGGCGACGCCAGGGCUAAGGCCGGAAUUGGAAUCUGGUUCGGAGAGAGACAUCCCUUAAACACCUACCAAACCCUCGACGGAACGCGAGCUACGAACAUCAUCGCCGAAACCGCCGCCGCCGUCGAAGCCUGCAAGAUCUGCCUACGGCAUGACACCAGAAGAAUCGCCAUCCUCAUGGAUUCCAAGUACUUGACCAACUGCAUGACCCAACAUCUCCCCAAAUGGAAGACUAAUGGAUGGCUCACUUCCAAAGGGAAACCCGUAGUAAAUCAGGAAAUGCUACAAAAACUAGAUCAGCUGAUACAGCAGCUGAAUGUCCAACUGAUUUACAUACCAGGACACAAAGGAAUAUAUGGUAAUGAACGAGCAGACGAGCUAGCGAAGCUGGGAUCAGAGGUCGACCAAUAA